CAGCUGGAGGCGACUGUCCAGGAACUUUUCCACGAGCGUCAAGCUCGGGAACAUGAGAUUGAAGAACUUGGAGCAGAGAUUGAAGAACAGAAGCGACUAAAUCAGGCAAUGCUGUCUGGCAUGGAUCCAAAUCUGCGCGAAACCUUCGAACAACUGAAAGCUGAAAGUGAGACCUUGGCAUCGCAAGUGGAAGAAGCUCAGGAAGAGUUAGCACGACUGGAUGAGAAAAAGGAACAGCUCGAACUUGAACUGAUGAAUUCACCUGUGAAGAAAAAAGCUAUGGAACUGAAGCAGCUGCUGAUAGAAUUGGAGGCCAAAGAGGCGGCAUUGGUUGCUGAGAAGGAAGCAAUGGAAACACCUGAACAGAAGAAGCAAAAGCUCAUUGAUGAAAUCAAAAAGAACAACGAAGACAUCAUGACAAUCGAGAAACAGAUUGAAAAGACGAAUGAGCUCAUCAACACCGCUCACGAAGAGAUUCGUGAAUUCGAUUCUAGCGCCGAUAAUAAGCUA